CAGCAUGUUGUUCUGGCCAUUGAAUCAUGCCCCAUAUAACCCACGUAAUUCAAUGAUGAAAAUAAGUGCCCAACCAUCAUCCCAACCAACUCCGUAAUAUCAUACCAGAUACGGAUGGAACUAAUUGCGCAUUGAAGCUUUCCCCAACUGCCAGUGGAAUGAGGAAUUUCUAAAAGAAAGAUUGACCAGGGAGGGGCUCCUUCUCUAACUCCACACCAAUCCAUCCAUGUUCUCCAAAUCCUCUCCUCCUCUUCACAUGAAACUUCAAAUGCUCACCUUCAUCCUUGUCUUCUCCAUCUUCCAUAUCUCCCAUUCUACUCAACUGAACUACACUUCCAUAUUUAGCUUCGGGGAUUCGCUUGCCGACACCGGUAAUGCUCUGAUCCACUCCAAAUCCAACCCUGUAUUUGGUAGGCUCCCUUAUGGCAUGACAUAUUUUAUGCAUCCCACUGGCCGCUGUUCUGAUGGCCGCUUGAUCGUGGACUUCUUAGCCAGUGCAUUUGGCCUCCCAUUCCUUCCGCCUUACUUAGCUCAUGGGCAAAACAUUCGGCAAGGGGUGAAUUUUGCCGUCGUAGGUGCUACAGCACUGGACCCUGCUUUCUUCCAAGGGUUGCUGGCCGAUGGUGCCUUUCCGUUCACCAAUCUGUCCCUGAGCACCCAGCUCCGGUGGUUUGAGGAGUUGAAGCCUUCCCUUUGUAACACAACAACAGCCUGUGCUGGCUAUUUCAGUAAGUCACUGUUUCUCGUUGGAGAGAUAGGGGGGAAUGAUUAUAACUAUUUUUUCCUCCUCGGCGGCAAAAGCUUAGAGGAGGUGAAAUCAUAUGUUCCUAAAGUCGUUGGAGCCAUUGUCGCAGCCAGUGAAAGAUUGAUCAAGAAUGGUGCGGUAAAUUUGUUGGUGCCCGGGAAUCUACCAUUCGGGUGCUCCUCGGUAUACUUGACGGUAUUUAACAGCCCAAACAAAGAGGAAUAUGACCCAACGACGGGAUGCCUCAAGUGGCUCAACGCCUUUGCCAAGUACCACGAUGCGUUGCUUCGCCGGGCAUUGGACGAGCUCCGCAGAAAGUAUCCACGAGCGAGAAUUAUGUAUGCGGACUACUAUGGUGCAUCUAUUCAGAUCGGACGUUCUCCACAGCGCUUCGGAUUUGACGAUGUUUUAAUAGCUUGCUGCGGUGGAGACGGCCCUUAUAAUUUUAGCCCGCUAGCCUUCUGUGGCCAGCCGGGCUCGAGUGUGUGCUCGUGCCUUUCAUCGCGCGCGAACUGGGACGGCUUGCACUUAACGGAAGCCGCUUACCACUUCAUCGCCACCAGCUUGCUGGACGGUCCCUACACCAGUCCGCCCUUGAGACAGACUAUCAAUUGAGACAGAGCCAUGUGGUAUGCCACAAUUGCCAUGGAAUAGGGCAUGCAUUACUUUUAGCCAAAUUUGCGUCACGAUAAUAAAGUGUGCUUUAUAUUGAAUAACUACAGAGUUUAGAUUAUCCAAUAAAGAAAUCUCUGUUUAUUAUUUUCGAUAGGAUCUCUAUUUCAGGAUUCAUGGUGAGGUCUAUCUAGAUAUGGAUAUCUAUAAUAACUUUGUGGGAGGACGA